AUGUCAGUUUCUAACCACCCAAAGGCCUACACAUCGGCCGCGCUCGUUGUAGCCUUCACUGCCGGCAUCUGUCUCACAUUGGGCUUCAAAGACUUAUAUCCCGACCUUCAAAGACGUUUCGAGCAACGAAAGCGCACGAAGGAUGCCGCUCUCUAUGGACAUCGUGAAUCCUCCUUCCUCCCGCCUGUCGAGCUCGAAGACCAUACAAAACCUCAACCCCCAGGGCCAGACAGCCCCACACCACCCACAAUCCAAGUUGGCAUCGAAGGCCUAAUCGGUCACACCAAGCUCGUCAGGAUCAAGUCUCUAUCCGAAGCAACAGGUUGCGAAAUUGUCGCCAAGGCAGAGCUGCUCAAUGGCGCCGGAAACAGCCCGAAAGAUAGGGUGGCCCUUCAUAUGAUCGAGGUCGCCGAGAAGGAGGGGCUAUUGACGCCAUGCAACGGGGAUACGAUAUACGAAGGCACAGUGGGUUCCACUGGAAUAUCUCUCGCGGUUCUGGCAAGAGCGAAAGGCUAUAAAUGCCACAUCUGCAUGCCCUCGGACAUGUCAAUGGAGAAAGUCGAGCUGUUGCACCACCUCGGCGCAACAGUCGAGCGCGUCUCCCCCGCACCUAUCACCAGCCAAGACCACUUCGUGAACCUAGCCCGGCGCCGGGCUGAAGGGCACGCAAGCAAAUGGAAGGAUGGGAGCAAGGGUUUCUUUGCCAACCAAUUCGAGAGCAAGGCGAAUUGGACGGCCCAUUUCGAGACUACCGGCCCAGAAGUGUUUGAGCAGACACAGGGGGAUAUUGCGGCGUUUGUCUCUGGUGCAGGAACGGGAGGGACAAUCAGCGGCGUUGCAUGCUAUUUGAAGCAGGAGGUUGGAUUGAAAGAUGUCUCGAUCGUGCUCGCUGAUCCGCAGGGAAGUGGGUUGUAUAACAAAGUCAAGUUCGGCGUGAUGUACUCCAGCCAUGAGCGAGAGGGGACUAGAAGGCGCCAGCAGGUCGAUACGAUGGUUGAGGGUAUCGGAAUUAAUCGGCUCACGAACAAUUUUGAGAAGGGGAUGGAGUUGAUCGAUGACGUAAUUAAAGUGACGGAUACGCAAGCCAUGAGAAUGGCUAGGUGGCUGGUGGAGAAGGAUGGAAUCUUUAUUGGGAGCAGCAGUGCUGUUAACUGCGUGGCAGCAGUGUUUACUGCGCUGAGAUUAAAGAAAGAGGGCAAGGGGGGGAGGGUGGUGACAGUACUCUGUGACAGCGGGAAUAGACACCUCAGCAAAUUCUGGAAAGAGAUUGCGAGUCAAGGUUUGGAAGAGGAGCAUGGAAACCUGGGACUUCUUGAACUUCUUGAACUCGAAUCAUGA